AUGUCAGGUCGCAAGAGCACUGCUGCUAGUCUGCUGCUGAGGCAGUACAGGGAGUUGACGGACCCAAGAAAAUGUAUCCCGUCGUUCAACAUCGAGUUGGAGGACGACUCGAACAUCUUCGUGUGGAACGUCGGGGUGAUGGUCCUGAACGAGGACUCGCUGUACCACGGGGGGUACUUCAAGGCACAGAUGCGGUUCCCCGAGGACUUCCCCUUCUCUCCGCCACAGUUCAGGUUCACGCCAGCGAUAUACCACCCGAACGUGUACAGGGACGGGAGGCUGUGUAUCUCGAUCCUCCACCAGAGCGGGGACCCGAUGACGGACGAGCCGGACGCGGAGACGUGGUCGCCCGUGCAAACCGUCGAGAGCGUGCUGAUCUCCAUCGUCUCCUUGCUCGAGGACCCCAAUAUCUCGUCCCCUGCGAACGUGGACGCAGCGGUGGACUACAGGAAGAACCCGGACCAGUACAGGCAGCGUGUGCUCAUGGAGGUCGAAAGAUCGAAACAGGAUAUCCCGCAGGGGUUCCAAAUGCCCACGGCAAGUGGCGCGUACCUUUCCUCAAACGAUAGCGUGGUGGCUGAACCAAACGCAACAACAGUAGGGGGCGGGAAGUCACAGCAACAACAACAACAACAACAACAUCAAAAUACACUCCAGGGGAAUAGCAGCACACAUAACAUCUCGGAAAACUUCUGGUACGACAGUGACGAAGAUGAUGACGACGCGGGCGGGCUCUUCGACGAGGAGGAGGGGGACGCGGAAAUGAUCGAGUUCGAAGACGACGAUGACGACGACGACGAUAGCAUAGAUAACGACUCGGUCAUGGACAGGAAACAACCAAUAAAGGCAGACGACGAAAGCGAGGACGUAGACGACGAUAUGGGCAAGUGA